GUGCCCGGAGUUUUUAUUCGUCUAAAUUAUUAUUUAGGCAGCGCAUGAUUUUUGUUGUUGUGUGCAUUAAUAAUUAAACGGAAUUGCUAGUUUAUUAAAUUAUCUAGGAGAUAUUCGGAAAACUUGCGUUAGGUUGUUUUUUUUUACUAAUCUUAUACUUUUCCUACAUAGUGCAUGAUUGAAAUUCAUAAUCCGACUUCCUAAUUUCUACGUUUUUUUGGGAGGUGAAAAAAGUUACGAUUUUUUUUCGCAUUCAUGGUAGGCUACACAAUCAAUGCAAUGCGAUUGCUUUUCGAUGUUAUGCUCAGCACGCUCACAGUCUAGGCUACCAUAGGCUACCUCAGGAGAAUGUGCGUGGGACGGAUGCCAAGGACCACACCCAUUUAGGCUAGCGAUCUGGGUCUCUGGGGGAAUGUGCUUAGUGUCUGUGCUGUAAGGGACACAAGGGCCAUUGGGGAGAAAGCAGAGGAAAGAAAAGUAAAUCACGUAAACAACAGCAGGUGCAGGCUGCCAGUGCUGUGACUGCUGCAGGGUGUUGGUCAGUGGAGCUGCAGUCGACUGGUCAGUGGGUGUCAGUCUGGCCUGUCUGUCUGUCUGUUUGGGUGAGCAGGACAGGAGGAGCCAUGGCUAACAGGGGACCCAGCUACGGCCUGAGCAAGGAGGUGCAGGAAAAGAUAGAGCUGAAGUAUGAUCUGGACCUGGAGGCCCGGCUGGUGGACUGGAUCGUAGCUCAGUGUGGGGGUAACCUGGAGAGACCACAGCCAAGCAGACAGAACUUCCAGACCUGGCUGAUGGAUGGAACAAUUCUGUGUAGGCUCAUCAAUAGCCUGUACCCGCAUGGUAAUGAGCCCAUCAAGAAGAUUCUGGAGACCCAGAUGGCCUUUAAGCAGAUGGAGAAGAUCUCCCAGUUCCUGCAGGCUGCCGAGGCCUACGGAGUACUCACCACAGACAUCUUCCAGACCGUGGACCUGUGGGAAGGGCAGGACAUGGCUGCGGUGCAGAGAACCUUGAUGGCCCUAGGAAGUGUUGCCCUCACCAAGGACGAUGGACAUUACCGUGGCGACCGAGACUGGUUCCACAGGAAAGCUCAGGGUUACCGGCGGGAGUUCUCUGAGGACCAGCUUCGUCAGGGCCAGAGUCUGAUUGGUCUACAGAUGGGCAGCAACCGUGGGGCCUCGCAGUCCGGCAUGACGGGCUACGGAUCGCACCGCCAGAUCAUGUAGAGACACCAGCCAGCUGCCAGCCACUCCCUUAGCCUGGCGGUGUACUCCAGUUACUGGACCUCCAGAAGAGAGCUCCACCACACUCCCUGAACCUCAUGAAAUGACCCAACCCCUUUUUCCCCUUCCCCAGCAACACCAGCCAUUCAUUCAUACACACAUUUCUAUUGUUCGUCCCCAACACCCGAACAGGGUGCUCCAUAUACCACAACCACACCAUGAUUCCUACAGACCUCAGUAGUUUCUGCUUACCCCACACCCACUCUCCAGUCCUCCUUGGUCCUGCUCUCUCCAUCCAUAUAGUCCUGCUCUCUCCAUCCAUAUAGUCCUGCUCUCUCAGGCCUGCUCUCUCCAUCCAUACGGUCCUGCUCUCUCCAUCCAUAUAGUCCUGCUCUCUCCAUCCAUAUAGUCCUGCUCUCUCCAUCCAUAUAGUCCUGCU